AUGAUGAGUGUACAAUCUGGGACGGGACAUGUGGCCAGUGGUCCGUUGAACGGCAAGUGCGUCGCGUCUAUGUCGCAAAAAACGGACAUGGAUCCACCACCUGCUAUUGAAGAUCAACCAGACGCGUCGGAUCUGGAUCUCACCUGGAGCUCAGAUCAAGAUUAUGAUGAAUGUGUAUACUACCACGAAGGAAGUGAUCUGUACACGGAAGAUGUCUACGGUCAGAUGGCUGUAUUGUCAGAAGUGCUAGUGACGACGCAAGAGGUGAAGAUCGAGGACCUUCAGCUAUGUGAAUCUGAUAAUCAGACCCUAGAAGAAAUUGAUCGACCUCGCCAAAGGAGCGGGACGUUCCGAAAUGCCCUUCCGCCGGCGGCCAGAGGUGUUGUAUGCAACAUCGAUGUCGGAGGAGCGAGGACUGUCGCCCUGAAGUGUUGUAAGUUGGGGAUCCAGUUCAGGGAGAAGCUGGCGGACUUGAUCAAGGGUCUAUUGUCUGCCAAGAUGGCCUCCCCGAUCGUGGUGAUCAUCAAGAAGAACGGAGUGGAUAUCAGAUUAUGCAUCGAUUAUCGGUUGGUAAACAGUCUAACUCAACUGAUGCUCUAUCCAAUGCCCUUGAUCAACGACUUACUUGAAGAUCUGGAGUCGACACUUUGGUACCGUUCUUUGGAUAUGGCGAGUGGAUUUUGGGUAGUGAAAAUGACGGAUCGUGCUCGUUUGAUCUCGGCUUUUAUCACUCCUUUUGGGUUAUUUGAGUGGGAUCGGAUGCCUUUCAGCUUCACGAAUGCGCCCCAGAUCCAUCAACGUAUGAUUGACAACGUGUUAUAUGGAUUUAUCCUGAUCCCGAAGUCUGAAGAUCACGGAGGUACGUUGGAUGUGUUUGAGAACGGGGAACCGGUGGAUCCAGGCGGGCCAUCGGUGCUUGGUCGCAGAUCAUAUAUCGAUGACAUCCUGAUCCCCGCCAACAACUGGGAUCAGUCGAAGGUUUACUCGAAGCGUUGGAAUCUGUCGAUCAGUGUGGUUAAAAGUUUCUGGGGAAUGCCUAAGGUGGAAUAUCUUGGACAUAAGGUCUCCCACAAUGGACUGGAGGCGAAUACGAAAGAUCUGUCUGCAUUGACGGAUCUGGCAUUUCCAGGAUCACUCAGAGCUAUGCAGUCAUUUUUGGGAAGUCUGAACUAUUACAGCCGGUUCAUCGAGGACUAUUAUGCGUCAGUCCUGUACGAGUUACGGGAAAUCGACUUCGCUGCGAUGCUGAAUGACACCACCCAAGCGCAGAUCCGACGGAUAUUAGAGGUGGAGAGCGUGGAUCAAGGAUCGCAGGAAGACCAAGCGAUCGACCUUGGAUCUGGAGACGCAAGAUCCUACUGA